GUUCAAUUGAGGUUUCCUUCAAGCGACCAGCAAUUGACUUACAAUUGCCAGUAAUUUACCAUAGUUCUUCAUACCCGUACUUGGGCCCAAAUCAACAGAAUGGCCACAAAGCGGCGGCCUGAUGCCCCUUCUCUUCGAACGACGUCUCCAGUUCCAGUAAAACCUCAACUGAGCGUUGAGGAGUGGGAGGCCAAAGCUCCUUUGAGCGAUGCUGCCCUGAGGAGCGUGGCGAGGCUGAAGGCUGCGUCCGAACAAAGGCCCCUCCCUCUUAAAGUAUUGUUGCUCACUGGCGGACUCGAUUGAUAUCUGUGGGACUGACGUAAGGGGAUCCAGUUUGUUGAAGGGCGCAACCCCUCAGCUUCUCGUCCAUCCACCCCACGAAAUGCUAUGCUUCCUUCCUCGCGCCCAGGGACUCCACUCGCCGCGAAUAUAUCACCGCGCCAAGAGACUUUUAAUGCUCCCGUACAUCCUUUGCAUCCUGCACAUCCUAUUGCGACCCCACAGCAAUUUUAUGACUGGUUCGCCGUUGUAGAGCAAACCAUAUCACAUUCCCAAGAAGCUCACUUCCGAAACCACCUAGAAACCGUCCAACAGCAGCUUGCGCGAUGUGAGGCUAUGCGCAACAGCGUCAUCGAAAUAAAUGAUUUGGUUCAAGGAAUGCUCAGCGAUUGGAGGAAUGUCGAGGAAGGCGCCGAAAACCUUCAAGCUGCAUGCGAAAGGCUGCUGGAAGAACGAGACCGCCUCAUUCAAGUUACGGAGGAGAUUUCAGUGCAUAUGGAAUAUUAUGAGGAACUCGAACACGCCACACGAAUGUUGAAUCAUCCUGGGGAUGCAGUGGUACUUCAGGCAGACUUCCUCCUCAUGGUUGAGCGCGUGGACGUUUGCAUUGAGUAUUUCCAAACUCAUAGGCAUUUCGUCGAAGCAGACAUAUACUUGCUUCGCUUCCAGCAAUGUAUGACACGAGCAAUGACGCUCAUCAAGAUUUAUUUUGUUGGAAGCUUGAAAUCCUUGGCUUCGGAUGCUCAGCGCCGAAUGACAGAACAGAAACUUUCAGCGACAGCCGAGAAGCAUAUCUUAUACUCCAAGUUCGGUGCUAUGGCCGGUCCUGUCGCUCCAUUACUCGCGGAGCUCGAAAGGAGAGCGAUGGAGCAUCCCGAUGAGCUUGCCAGCCUCCUUUCAGAGUGUCAUACAAUAUACUUUUCUGUGCGGAAAUCCGUGAUAUCUGGGAGGCUGUCAGCGGAAAUUAAGGCACUGGAUCCUGCCAAUAGCAACCUCGUCGAACUUACCCGUUCGGGAUGUAGUUACCUGAAGCAACUCUGCGCUGAAGAGUUUGAGCUCUAUUGUCGUUUCUUCAAUUCUGGGGAAGAAAAGCUCUACAGAUAUCUAGAGAGUUUAUGUGAUUACCUCUACGACGACUUGCGUCCCCGCAUUCUGCAUGAGCCGUCACUUCUCGUCUUGUGCCAAGUUUGUACCGUACUCCAGGCCUUGAUGAUACUCGAUACCGCUGCGGCAGAUAAAGUCGAUUCGGAUGACGAAGCAGGGCAUAGAUUGCAACACCAACGCAUUCCUCCCGUGGAUCGAUCUUUCGCUGCUAGGCUUAUAUCGUUGGUGGGGGCCAACGCCGAGGUCCCUAAGCCUCUCCAAAGGCUUAACACUGCACACUUAUUGCAAAUGAUUCUACAAGAUGCCCGGACACGACUCUUCUUUAAAGCGCAAGCUGCUGUGCAGGCAGAGAUCCGUCACUUCGCUCCUUCAAAAGCCGACCUGGAUUAUCCCGGAAAUAUCAGUUCCCCGAGCGCAACCAUCCCCGAGGAUGAAUCGGUCAUCAAUACCGAGUUGUUCGCCGCUCUCUCAUAUCGCGAGUCAAGGGCUGCCUGGUAUCCAACCCUACGAAAACUCCAUUGGGUUUUAUCACUCCUUCAUGACUUUGUUGACCCUGCAAUUUUCGAGGACAUGGCAGGCGAGGCGAUCGGCGCUUGCCGCCACUCCCUUUUCUCGGCUUCCCAACUCGUUGCAGCUCAGUCCUCCGAGCUUGAUGCUCAGCUCUUCUUGAUUCGUCAUCUCAUGAUUCUGAAGGAGAUGACCAGCGUGCUGGAUGCAGAAAGAGUGGAAGGGGAUGCCCGUCCUGUUGGACCUCAGCAGCCGGCUCUGGUAACUGAGUAUCUAGGGGCCUUACUGCGGGGGACAUCCUCAAUCUUCGGAUCUUCGACCUUAUUUGGGGGUUUGAUCUCUUUAGGUGCAUCAACAGACGAUUCUGCCAAACUGUCUGCAGACGAAGAACUUAAACGGGAGUGCGAAACCCUUAUAAAUAUGUGCGCUGAACGAGCCACUCAGCCACUACGGGAUGCACCUUGGAACCUGAGCAAAAAUCCUAAUGGUGCCAACCUUGCAGGAACGGCUGUCCCCAUAAUUUCAACUCAAAUGAAUCGAUUCCUUGAAAAUUGUGAGAAUGAGGUACGGGCAUGGGUUGAGAAACUGCGUCUCUAUCUUGAAGAUGCGAGAACGGUUGGUAUCCUUGUGGCGCCAAUGCAAGCGAAUGCGGUGAGCCGUUAUGAGGGAUUCCGCGCCUCGAUGAACCUUGACGCGGAGCAGGAACCAAUAGUGUCUACAGCAGAGCUUUGGGAUCUACUUCGGUCAUGGUGUGGAGAGUGAAUAUUGUAAAUGGCUAGUAUAUUAGAACUAUAAAACCUAUUGGCACUUCAAAGCACCCAACGCAUAUGUGUCUAUUGCGCGGCUGGCGAAGUUGUUGCAAAAAAAGCCAGUCCUACCCGAACCUUCUCUGCUAAAUUUUGGAGUUCUUCAUCAUCGCUGUUCGUCCAUCUUUCCGACUCCGGGAUCUCUGCUUCAUUU